AUGCCAGGAUUCAAUAUACCCUUGAAUAAGCGGCCAAAGAAAAAUGUGUUGGACCAGUUUGUGCAAGGGUUUCCGUUGGCCCUGGAGCCUACAGGAGGAUCAAACUACAAUGCGAUCACACAACGAGAAAUCGUAAUGAUGAGAUUCAUGAACACGAUCAUGGAAAAGCCCGAGUGGAAUCGAAAGGUCUUUGAUGGGGAAAUCACAGCGAAAUGGCGGAACGAAAUCGCCCAGAGUGGCCAGGACGUUUCACCCAAAAUGAUCGACUGGAUACUGAAGGAGGUUGAGUGGAAGGCAAAAAUACUCAAAGAUACAGGAUUUGUCACAGUAAUGGAUGCCGGCGUUGUCAAGUCUGAUACUGCAAUCCCCGAAGAAGUGCAACGAGCACUGAAAGAUGCAGUGAAGCCACUCGAAGACGUGCCAAAGGACCAAAAGGAUUACCACCCGGGCUCGGAUGACCUAGUUGUCGAUCUUGUGCACCCGUCUCUCUUCCCGGUCGUGUAUGGCAAGACUCGCAUCCUGGCAAGAAGUAGUAUUGGCCUUGGCAACUGUCUAUAUCAUAUGGGGCUGGGAUCCCCGGUACCAAUUCCCCCGAAGGAAGAUCUCGGCCCACCGAUGCCCGACCCAUCUAGCUUCAGCUUUUACAUGCCCACUGACUACCGCUCGGAAAGACUAUAUAGUCCUAAAUUCCAAUGGCUCCCUUGUGAGGUGAAACUUCUGGAGGGGGGGGAUUGUCAAAUUGUGUCAUACAUCAACAAUGCGCAUCCUGUGCAGCACAAAGCCUUGUAUGAAGUUGUUGAGAAGGUCAUCUCUCGGACAUUGCCACUUUGGGAGAAGACUUUGUCCAAGCUUCCCAAUCCCAGAAUCGAUUAUUGCGAGGUUGAAUAUGCUGAGCAUCCAGACCCUGAGCCAGAGUCACUAUCAGAUGAAGAGGAUUUCGACGAGGAAGAGUUCUGGGAUCGGCAUCAGCAGUGGCGAGAAACUGAGCCUAUUAUUCUUCCCGAACCCGGCGAUUUCGUGAUUCCGAAGGAAGCUGGAAAACUGAACAUACGACAGCAUUUUCCGGACACAAAUCUUCAAGUUAUCGUCAAGCUGGCAAACAUUGAAUUAACACCUGAAAAGCCAAACUAUGAUGGGGGCUCUUGGCACAUCGAGGGACAGUUGAACGAACGUAUUUGCGCUACUGCGCUCUACUACUACGACAAUGAAAACAUUACCGAGAAUACUCUGGACUUUCGGAAACGUGCGGUGAUUGAUGAGGAAAUCAGAUACGGACAAAGCCGUCAUGAAUUCUUGCAGGCUGUUUUUGGAUUUGGAGACGACGUGGAUGGCUUUGGAGGACGCAACACCACUCAGCACCUCGGAGGCGUACUUUGCAAAGAAGGGCGACUUCUCACUUUUCCCAAUACCCUUCAGCAUCGUGUGUCGUCAUUCUCACUGGCAGAUCCGUCUAAGCCGGGCCAUAGAAAGAUUCUGGCACUCUUUCUGGUGGAUCCUCAUCGUCGAGUCAUUUCCUCGGCCAAUGUGCCCCCGCAAAACGAGAAAUGGGCUCAAGACAAACAGGGCCUCGUCAACCAAGCCUUAUCACAAUUGCCUGCAGAGCUGCAAAGCAUGGUUGGUGAGAAUCUAGGUUCGUCCAUGACUAUGGAAGAAGCCAAGAAAUUCAGGCUAGAACUUAUGGAGGAACGCGGAAUCAGGUCAGUGACGGCUAAUAAGGAGUAUGAAGAGGGUGAUUUUUCCCUUUGUGAGCACUAA